AUGCGCUGUGUGCUGCCGCUGGCUGGCUGUUUCUCUGCGACUCCACCCCUCCUGCAGACGAAGGCAUGGCGAGCACCGAGGCUAGAAGGGAGUGUGAAACAGAGGGCUGCAGCAAGGACGCUAAACUUCAGUGUCCCACAUGUAUCAAGCUUGGUAUUCAAGGGUCAUAUUUCUGUUCCCAGGUACUGUUGCUUUGUGGUUUUGUGAAGUGUAAAUAUCGGCUAUGAUCAACACACUAGGGCCCGGCGUUUCAUCACGAGGCUGCUAAUUGUCAAGCUAGGUGGACAUGUGUAGGUGUUUGGAGAACAAUUUAAACGCCAAAAUGAGAAAGAUAACUCGUGCUUUCUGUUUUUGUAACUGUAUACAGAUUGCUCAGUAUGCAUAAUGCAGUAAGUGAUUGUAACAGAUGCUUUACCAGCGACACGGCCUCGGGAAAACGAUAGGCUAGCCUUAGCUAGCUGUCGACAGGUUUGCUGAAGUGAGAAAUACAAUGUUCCUUGUCAAUCAAAAAGUCUCUUGUAAAGGUAUGUGGUUAAAAGUGUUAACCUGUAAACUUAAGCCGGGUAACAGGUUACUGCGCAUUAGAAUGAAUGAUAGUUAAGGUUUAAAUCAGUCAUAGAAAGUUAAAGUGUGAAUGUUUAAUGCCGCUCUGCCAUCAUGUCCACCCUCACUUACAUUCUUAUUCAUUCUUGUAACACUACUUCUGAAUAUGACAGCUUAAAACUUCAGAUGCAUUCCAACACCCACAAACUUGGGGAAGGGAAGUUGCUGACAACUGAAGAGUUGUCCUGCUGAGCAAUAUUUCCAUUCAGUACAACUGGUGUAAGGUCAGAUGGACUCUCAAAAGUGAAGUUGUCCACCAUAAAAUUAGUGCCAGGGCUUCUGUCAAGUCACACCAUGUUUAUUUUUUUCUUUUUUCUUACUGAUUGAUUUCAAUUCAGUAUUUUGAUAUCAAAACAUUAUUUAAACUCCAUUAUUUUCAACAUUAAUUUGAGUUUGAAUUAAAUACUAGCCAGUGCCUUCUUGAUAUUUGAUAUGCUGCCUUUUUCAUUUGGAAGCUUAUGGUGAUAUCGGCUUUGUUGAGGGCUGAUGCUGAUUUGAUGGUGAUCCUGUCAAACUGCUAUUAAUUGGCUGACUGAGCAAUCGUCUUUCCUCUAGUAACAUGAUCUUGUGAAGUUAUGCAGUGGCCUUAAGGUCCUUGGUGCAAUUGCGGUCUCAGCUGUGUUACCUCACCCUGCUACACGAUCACUCUUUCUUUUUCUUUCUUUCUUUCUUUCUUUCUUUCUUUCUUUCUUUCUUUCUUUCUUUCUUUCUUUCUUUCUUUCUUUCUUUCUUUCUAUUAAUUGUCCUGCAAAAGGGCCAGUGGAAGUGCAGAAGAUGCCAGAGUGGUUGUGGUUUUGUUGGGUUUGAUUAUGAUGGGUCAUGCAUCUGCACAAAGUAAAUAAUCUUUUGUAACUGUAAGACAAAAAUAAAUUGAUUUUUUAUUUGAUGUGAUUUUCUUGUGAUGUAUACCAAGCAUCUGCCUCACUGUUUAUGUCAAUCCCUGUUUAUAGUUGGUAUGUGUCUGGGUUUUUAUCACAGGAAUGUUUCAAAGGAAGCUGGGUAUCUCACAAGCUGCUGCACAAAAAAGCAAGUAUGUAUGACUAAUUACCACCUGUUCUUUGAGUUUUCACUAUCAAGUUUGACUGUGAAACACUAAUGAAUACAUUUAAAUUAAAAUUUAUUUUGGUUCAAAAUACUUUGAUCAAGUCGUAGUGUGUGAAAUUAAGCAGCUUAAUUUAAGCAGAGAUAAAAAAAAAAUAGGGAAAUCUUAACUGUUGACCAGCACAGUGGUGAUAAAUGCUUCAGAGACUUUGUGUUGUUUUAUUUUUAGAGGAGGACAAGAACCAGAAUGAAUCCAAGAACUGUGUGGAGAAAGACGUUAAUACAGACCCAUGGCCAGGCUACCGCUACACAGGAAAACUACGCCCUCACUAUCCACUGGUGAGUUCUUGCAUGGCCCAUGAAAUGCAUGUAACACCCUCCCUGACCCUGUCAAAACUCCAACAAAGUAGAGAAAAACACACACACUCUGUCUUAAAUAGAUAUCUAUCCAGGUUACAGCAAGAAGAGUAAGUGAGAUGCCAGAGUUACCCUAGUUUUAAAAACACAAAUUAAUACCAUUUGUCUUUUUUAUUUUAUGUUGUACAGGCUACUUUCCACGAGAUUGCUUAAGGUUCUUCUCUGAAACAUUAUCAACACAGAAACAACAAUUUGUUUAUUGACUAUUCUGAUUGACAUGCACAUAACGCAGCUGCUGCCCUUCAAAUAUUAGCUUGUUCCUAUUUUGUCAUAGAAGGUGGAGAAAAAUACAAUUUACCACAUUUAACUCUCUUUUACACUUCAAGACACAUGUCUUUUCUCCAUUUGCAAAUUUCUGAUUUACACAAGUAAUCCCAAGAGCUGUGUGCUCUUUCAGUCAAAUCCCAUCAUGGUUUAGAUGGGAAACUGUCUCACUUUUUGCUGUACACAUAAACUCUGUUAGCUGCCUUGUGCAGGUUUUCUGCUGAAAACCCUGGUUUCUCAAAAUGCUCACAGUCAUUGGGUGAGUUGUCUCCUUUGCAACUUCGAUUGACCUUACCUUGGAAUCAGUGUUAACUUUGGCAGCUGUUUUAGAUUUGGUUUUAGGCUUGAAACCAAAAUGGCUUUUAGUUUGAGUCACAAUUAAGACAGUUUUGCGCUUUUUACUGUCUGUCUAGUUUUAGUCAUUUCAGCAAUUACUUUUUGUAUUUUCUUCUACUUUUAAACUACUUAAAUUAAUAAAUAAUUGGUAUCAAGGUCUUAAACUUGUAUAAUAUCUGGAUUUUCAUACCAUAGUUGGAUGGUCAAGUUCAGACUUUCCACCAAUACAGUACUGCUGAGCUUUCCCUACUGACAUACUAAGUAUAGAAGAAUGAUCCUUCUUCUAGGUUAAACAUUCCUACUGUAGACACUAUAGCUGUAUUUAUUUUAUUUUAUUUUAUUUCGUUAUCUCUUUCUGGACAUAAACGUCAGAUGGAACUCAAUUCCCUGUGCUCUCAGCUGCAUUCUCAUCUCAUCUACUAAUAAACGUGCUGAGUGAUUGCACAUGGCAACUCACAUAUACUGAUACAUACUGAGUCCCAGGUAACGCCACGUAAAAAAAACUCUAAUUUGUAAGGUGUGGUGGCUUUUAUUUUGCUGUGGUGGUGUGCCACAAUCAAUGAUAUAUGGGUGAAACCCUGGUAUAUUGUAAAAUGAAAAAAGCAUUAUUGAAUUUGAAAGCUGACCGCCAAAUAAGAGCAAUUAAAUAAGUAUGCAGUGUAUUAUCUGAUGAGUUGAUUAAUCUUUUUUAAUUGAUGAUUAAAUGGUAAAUGUACUAUCUUUUAUAUAGUCCAUUCAACAUGUCACCAUUCUAUAAAAAAGAAGAGGUUAUUUAAAAAAAACAACAACAUGGGAUGUGAACAGUCUCUCAUUUUAUGAAAUCACUGAGGCUGUUCUUGGUCAACUUUAUGAUUAAUUGGGAAAAUCCUCAAGUCUUUGAUUCUUUCUGACCUUUUUUCAAGCAUGCUCUCUCCUUUUGAAAGACUAUCUUCACACACUAUUUCAUGAGUUACUUGGUUAUGUGAACACCCCCUUCAGCCAUUGCAUGAAAUGAUAAAUUUCAUGUCCUCUUCUUUACACCUUCCGUAGACUCCCAUGAGGCUUGUACCGGGUGACAUCCAAAGACCUGACUACUCUGAUCAUCCCAGAGGUAACAAUGCUACUUCUUGUGAACUUGGGAUUCAAAAGCUUGUUUGUCGUCGACAAAGCCACAUCCUAUACACCGGUGCAAACAUUGAACCAGAAUCAAAUGCAGAGAGAACUUUUUUGUGUAGUCUUAGUGUUGUACCCAGCCAUGCUGGAUACAUGGCAUACACACAUACCAAGACUAGUCCUACAGUGUGAACUUUUGAAAUAAGUAAAUAAACAUUGUGGAGUGCUGUUUUGAUUUAAGAGUCCUCAAUUUAAGAUAAAUGACCAGCAGAAUUAGAGUAGCACAGAUCGUUCCUCGCUAUUAGUGCUUCUGUGGGCAAAGCUCAACCCUGUACAGGUGGCUGACAGGAAGAUGAUAAAAAUGGUACCAGAGGGCUACACAUCUGCAUAAUAACUACAGGAAACAAUGAACAAUGAAAGCCCUUAUACAGGAACAUGGUCCAACACCCCCCCACCCAAAAUUUAUCAUGUCUGCUGACUGUCCGCUUGGGAAGCAUUGAUAUCUUUUUGUCUUUUUGGCAUUGAUUUGGUCUGUCUUCCAGCUCCACUUUAAACACGUGGAUUUUGGGAAAUAUACACUGAAUAACCAUGAGCUAUUUAAAUACUAUAGAUUGACUCAAAAGGUGGGUUUCAACAGACACACACACACACACACACACACACACACACACACACACACACACACACACACACACACACACACACACACACACACACACACACACAAACAUCUAGGCAAAGUAUCAACAAGACAAUUAAAGCAGUGGCAUGACAGGGUUCAUAUUUAACCUGGGAUGUCAUGCUACAAGCAACACAUAUAAAGAUAGACAACGACAGACUUCUCUGUUAGAUUACAUACAGAGGGGUUUAAAGUCAGUGCAGAUUACACAUAAAUUAAUUGGUUUUAGAUUACGUAUGGAAAACAAGAAAAGUGUAUGAAUGGUCGGCGGAUUCACUUUGCUGUCGUAGAGUAUCCUCAGAUUGUUUAAGAACACAACCCACUUUAUCACUUAGCAUGGGUGCACAAAAGUAGAAGCUAUCACUUUUCUUGCCUUUUGACAGUAUGGAGAAAGCUUAAUUACGUGUAUAAAAUCUUAACACCAGAGAGGACAUAAGGAAGUCUGAUCUAGGGAGAGAAUAAGUGAGAAUAGAACAUAAACAGAUAUGCUGAUGUAUCAUUGAUUUCUGGCUUCACGCUGUAUAUUACAGGGCAAGGUGUCAUUGCCACAGCAGACUGUGUUAAUAAACACAGAGAACCCUAAUGAGGAAGAGGAACAGAUGCUCUACAAGUUUUUCAUUUAUUUAUUUUUUUAGCAAUUUAAAUAGAAAUCUAUGUACUAAAGAUAUCACUUGUUAUUAUUCAAGUCUGGAACAUUUCUUGCAUGUUUUUUUUUGUUUUUGUGUACUUUAUGUAAUGUAGAUUUUAAUGAAAUGUAGGUAGGUAUAAUAAUAAUUAUAAUAUUAAUCAUAAUAGUCAUAAUCAAAAAACAUUUCAUCUAUUGGUGCCUUUUAGGAAACUCAAGGUCACCUUACAGAACAAUAAAAAUGACAAUUAAAAUACACAUCAAUACAUCACUAUAUUUCAGUUCAGUUUAUUUUUGUAUGUAAUUACAUGUACGCACAAUUUUAUAUUAUGGUGGUAAGACUCUGAUAAUAAUCUCUUGUUUCGAAUACAUCUGUUGAUUUUGAUUCUUUGAAACUCUAUUCUCACCUUGGUUUGUUUUUUAGACUAGUGGGCUUCUCGUUAGUAAUUGGUCCACACCUGUUAUUGUUACCUGUCUUAUUUAUGUCUAUAUCUCUGGGCAAAUUAUUCGAUGAGCAACCAUGGCAACCUCUACAUCCUUGUCAUCUGACUGCAUAGAUCCAUGCUCAGGUAGUCAUGGAUACGGUUCCCUUUUUAUUCUCCAGUGGUGCAUCACAAGACCUAAGGCACAAAAUGUUACAGGCUAUUUCACCUUCAAGAUGUAGCUUCAUUCUUUGCUAAAGUCAAAUUAAAAGCUUUUUUAAAAACAUGUCAGAUAGUUACCAGGAAAAAGCUAUCCACAAAGAGGACCUAACCUAUUUCAGAUCAUUCAUCAUGAUGUAAAUGCUCUGAUUUUGUUUUAUGCAAUGCUUCUUUCCAAGCAGCACUAUCAAAGCAUGUUUUUGUGGUAUUGUUUCACUCACAUUGUAGGCUCUUAAGGUCCAAAGAAGGGCUGUCUUUGUCGUGUACAUGAUCCUUACCAAAGUCUGUGUUGCUAGGCAACUGUCUCUGUUCAUUCAGCAGUCAUCUUCUUGGGAUUAUAAAUUAUUUAUGAGCAAGUUGUUGAUGACUCAAGUGCUUCAGCCAACAUUUAUUUAAAAAACUAUUUGUGUGUGUAUAUAUAUAUAUAUAUAUGUAUUUAUGUAUAUAUGUAUACAUGAACAAAAACAUCUUUUCCUACUACAUGUGGUGUAGGUGUGGACUAUUAAACGGCCCCAGGCGAAAUCCAGCCUGCAGGUGUCCCCAGUACUGGCACUGUGUGCAGGCUGGAAAUCAAAAGUAACAACCAGUUCUGUUAUUGUUACUGUUAUUGUCUUGCAGUAACUAACAAAUAGGUCUAUAACAUAUGAAGGCAUCACUUUACAUGUUACAGUGUUACGGCUAAGAUGAUGAAUUAGUCUGCCUUUAUACUCAAAUAAAAAUUUAACUUGUGUUCAAAGCAAAACUGGAAGUAUGUAAAUCCAGCAGAGAUAGUCCAAGUUAAUGCUGUGUGUAAGAGCUGGUAUAGAGCUGCUUUACACGUUCUCUUUCAAGUCAUAGGUGUUAUUUUUCACAUGUAAGUAAUGGUAUCUGUCUGUCCUUGUUUCCUUCACUCAGGGAUAUCUGAGUCUGAGCAGUUUCUGAAGGGUACGUCACAAAUCAAGAUCCUUUCUCCUGAAGACAUUGAAGGAAUGCGAGUAGUGUGCAAGGUAACUGUUUUUGACUGUUGACUGUAUUAGGGUUCAGAAGUUUAUAUUCCAUUAACUGUAUAUUGAUUUCGUCGUGUUAAUUACAGUUGGCACGAGAAGUCCUAGACAUUGCAGCAAUGAUGGUGAAGCCAGGUGUAACAACAGAAGAAAUCGAUCAUGCUGUGCAUUUGGUAUGUAUUACACAAACAAACAUUUUUGUCCUAUCUUGCACCCAGUAUCCCUUACACAAUGUCAUUCAGUGUUCUUAAAUUAAUGACAGCUGUCCAAAAAUUAGUAAACUUGCCUUAUUUGUUUGUUUGUAUAUUUAUUUAUUUGUUUGUACACUUUAUAACUCAGUCACUUUAACUCAGUCACUUUAUCACUGGUCACUUUAGUUUAAUGUACCUUUUUUUUUUAAUUGCACUCCUCCCACUGCACUGUUGUUCUGUAUUGUGUAGUUGUACAUAGCCUGUUAUAAUUACUGUACAUAGCAUUGUACAUAGCCUUUUAUACCUUUAUACUUUAUACAUGUCCUGCAUGCUCUUAUUAUUUUCUAUUCUAGUAUUUUAUAUAUUAUUCUCUGUUUAAUGUUGCACCAUCACGCCAUAAAAAAAUUCCUAGUCUGUGAAUCCUGUUCAUUGAAUAUGGCAAUAAAACCCCUUCUGAUUCUGAUUUCGUGACAUGUAAAAUAAAUAAAUAAAAAUAAAAUACAUGACUACUGUUGUCAUACAGUAGUGGACAGACUUAACAAUACAAUUUAAAACUGACAAAUAUGAAAAAAUAUACAUUAUGAAAAUGAAAACUAUGGUCUGCAUAUCUGAAAAGGAGUUGUAAAAAGUAACACUUAUUUCAUCCCACUCAAUGUCCAUUAAAUAUUACUUGACUUCCUUAUCAACAUUAAUCUAUACAGCCAUAUAUACAGCCACAGACAAAAACACCCUGAGAUUGUCAAACACCUUCAUUCCUAUAUCUUCUGAAAACCAUUUCUUUAUCCUUGUAUUUAAAGAGAUUUUUGUCCAGGCAUUAUUUCAACUCUUUAUUCAAACUGGUCUAUGGUUUCACUCUACAAAUAGGAAUUCAAAUCUUUUUGUUGAUGAGUGAAAACCAUGAAAUUUGAAAUUAAAUUUCAGCAGAUUAUAACCCCCUCCCUUUCACUUAACAGUCUUUAAAAAUUCCUUCAGUGAGUCCUAGAUAAGACUUCAAGAAUAAGUGUGUGUCAUACAACUACAGUAAACCGUACAGCUGCUACAAAUGGGGGUGGGGGGGUCACUAUGUAGUUAUGUUUAGUAUUGUUUACUUGGUGCUUUGCUGCAAUAUCAAUGAUCCAAUAAAUCCCGUCUUUUCAGGCUUGUUCAGCGAGGAAAUGCUACCCUUCACCCCUCAACUACUACAAUUUUCCCAAAUCCUGCUGCACAUCUGUCAACGAAGUUAUCUGCCAUGGAAUCCCAGACAGAAGACAACUACAAGAAGGAGAUAUCCUUAAUGGUAUGUUUAUUUCACCACAUAUGAUGUGAUUUGUUUUUCACAUGUUUAAAGGUUUAUUACAACUUUAUUAGUCCUUUUUUACAUGAAAUAAACUUUCUUUUAAACGAACUAUUUAACACAAACAAGUAUUUCAUGAUUGUAUUUUCAAUGUUAAAUCAAGUUCAAGCAAUGGGUCAGUUUGGGUGAAGAAAAAAGAUUUAAAAGUGGAGAAAAGAAAAGAAUCCUCCUCUUUCAUGACAAAUGGGUGAUACAAACAUCCUUAAGUGGUAUCAGCAGGAGUUUGGCUUGAUUUAGCCUGUUUAUGAAUAUUCUGCCAAGGCGUUGUCUCUCAACCGCCACUCCCCUCAGUGUCUGAUGGAGUACCUGCCAACAGCUCAUCUAACACUGCAUGGUCCAGACAAGACAAAUUGUUUCAUUAGCCUUUAACAGCAGGGACUUGUGGUUCAAAAUCUGCACUCUUUGUAUUCCUCUGUAAGUUGGAGGAGUCUUUGUUUGCCCAAAAUGAAUUCAGAUUUUAUUAAAAACAACAAUACCUCAGCACUUUGUUUGACCAUGUGAUUAGUUAACUGGAUCAAUGUAUACUCAGCAGACUUCAGUGUUUUAUACUGCUCUAUACUUUUGUACUUUUGUUGUUACACACAAACGUGAGUAGUUUGUAAUACGAUGAUUCUUACCCACAUUUGAUACCAUUUUAAAGUGGACAUCACUGUAUACCACAAUGGCUUCCAUGGUGACCUCAACGAGACCUUCUUUGUUGGUGAUGUGGAUGAGGAGGCGAAGAAGCUGGUUCAAACCACAUAUGAAUGCCUUAUGCAAGCCAUCGACUCUGGUAGGAAUUUAUUUUUGUUUUUGUUGUAAUUUACAGUUCAAAGCUGUACAUUGUAAAUUCUAUCUUCCUUUUUCUAUAUAAAAUGUUAGUGAGGGGCUGCCUUAAAAUUUUGCAUUGAGUCUAAAGAUACAAUUCUUUAUUUUCAGACUGUACCUCCUCUCUGAUACCUCUUUAAUAGCAUUACAUGAUUUUCAGAUUUAAAAAAAACCUUGUGUUUCUUACUAGUGUAUUUAAAUGCCCCACCCCCCUUCUAUCAAUCAGCAGAGUAGUUUUUUUGACAGUCUACAAUUUUGCAGCACCUGCUUCGUUUCAUGAACAGCGUCACUUAGAGACUUUCACUUGAGUAUUGGAAGCAAACAUGCUGCUGUGUAAUAUAGUUUGUGUGAUAGCAGUUUAAAGCUAUAGACUGUUGCAGGCUACUGGGUAAAGAUGCCAAAGUUAAGCUAUUGGCUGUUGUCACACAGCCACCUGCGUACACCUACCUGCAUGAUGAAUGAAGAUAAAGACAUGAGAGAGGGGGGACGGUGAAGCACAUCUGAUACACACAGAAGUAUACACUUCCUGAUCCUGUUCAUUGUGAAAACACAAACACAUCUAGGAACAACAUUGGAAAAACAAGACUGAACUGCCAUGCAUAUUGAUUUUUUUCCUUUUACAGUCAAGCCUGGGAUUCGAUACAGAGAGUUGGGGAACAUUAUCCAAAAGCAUGCUCAAGCUAACGGCUUCUCUGUGGUGAGGAGCUACUGUGGCCACGGGAUCCACAGACUUUUCCACACUGCUCCAAAUGUGCCACACUAUGCCAGUAAGUUGGUGCAUCCCAACCGCAGGAACAUGAUUCAAUCCUUUUUAAAGUCUUUCGAUGGUUUCAUACAUCCGGCUCAUUUAAUUGUAUGAUUGAAUUUUCAGAAAACAAAGCUGUUGGAGUCAUGAAGCCUGGCCAUGUAUUAACCAUUGAGCCCAUGAUAUGUGAAGGUGAGUGAGACUACUGGUGGUCGACCAAUAUAGCCAGUGGUCAGUAUGUAAUGUCUAAACCAUGUUGAUUUGUUUGUUUUUGUAUUUGAUGAAAAAAAUUUUUUGAUAAUGCACACGGCAGUGCGACAAAUAUGGUUAUCAUAGUCAGUUACAUGUUUUUGAAGAAUGUUUUAAUCUAUGAAACCAGAAGGUUAUUUCAUAGACAUCAGAGCAUGUCAGAAACUAUAUAUUUCAUACACCAUAACAGAAAUUGUUAAUAAAUACAGCCAGUCACUUUUUUUGAUGUGAAUUGCUAUUGAAUCUUUCAGUGGGCCUAGUGAAGACAGGUAACAGCAGAUGCUGAUGAUCUCAAAACAUAUUAUCUCAAAAACUGAUCAAUAAGUAGUGUUAAGUUGUAAGGAUCUUUUAAGUCGAACAAGGCAGACCGGAUGGGGGUGAGAAAAACCUCCAAAAUGUUGAAAAUUCAAUUAUUUUUCAGAUCAAUAUUCCUGCAUUUUAUUUCUCAACUUUUGAUGUGUAAAUGGUAUCUGGAAUUGCAAGCAGGAGAAAUCUUUAGAUCUGAAAAGGACCACUUAAUUGUUAGUUCAUGGAUCAAGUCUUGAGACACAAUGAAAAGCAGAAAAAUGUUCUAUUUUAUGCCGAGUUUGUCAGUUUUCAAUAAAACUCAUUUUUCCAAGCCUAAUCGACUGGAACACCACUUACUGCUUGGCAAUUACAGGAAAGCACUUCACUUGACUGCCUUGCUGUAGUUCAAAUAUACUUUGUGAUACAACAGGCUCCCAGUCAGUGCCAGACUUCAGUCGUUGGUUUUUGAAACACUCUUCAGUGGAUGGUGUAAAAGCCAAAGCUCAUGUGUUUGUGUUCCAGGUGGCUGGCAAGAUGAGACGUGGCCUGAUGGCUGGACAGCAGUGACCAGAGACGGCAAGCGUUCAGCUCAGUUUGAACACACCCUGCUGGUGACAGAGACUGGCUGUGAGAUCCUCACCCGCCGUCUGGAGGACAAUGGCCGUGCUCACUUUCUCAGCCAAAUGUAGGCUGGAGCUCCACCAGUGACUGGACCCUCCAGACAUGGACAACCCAGCACCUCUGGGUCUCACACACACACGCACACACUCUCACACAAGAGGCACCACUCUGAGAGCUCAGUUUAAUACAGGCUCUUAUGGCUUUUUGAAUUAAUUAUCGUUUCCUUAAAUUAAAUGGAAGUACUUGAAUGUGUCUAAAAUAAAACAUGGAUUACCUUUUCAGUGAAAUCUCUAUCCUCUGAAGGAAAAAUGGAAGUAUUUAUUAGGGUUUGGUUUUGCUCUGUGGUUGGGCUUGAAAUCAGGUCAGUUUUGACCUCUGGAUGAUGUCAUCCAGAGUUUGAACCAGCUGGCUCGUCGUUGUCUGUGGUGUGUGGAGCUCAGGGCAAAUCCAACUCGUAUGCCAUGCUUUGCUUCUUUCUCUCUGCCUCUGCUAACCUCAUCAGACUUCUUUAAAUAUCCCAGAGAUGGAAUGGAAAGAACUAGCAAUACUGGAGACGGGGUGAGGGUAUUCAAAGGAACUGGGUCAGCACGUUUUAAUCAAUACUAUGAUAACCAGCAACUCAAAGUUUAUUUUGAUGAGAUAAGAUGAGGAGUAGAGAGACAUGAAAUUUGAUCUUUUAUUGAUAUCCAAUCAUCAAUAUUUUCAAACUCAAUUUGGCAAUUCCCAAUUGUGAUACCAAUAUCUAAAACCCCGUAUUUUUACUUUAAAGAACACAAAGUUUCCCCUGCAACAGAAUUUACUGACAGCUCUCCUGUAUUAGAACCAGACAAACAGCAUUUGACUCUACUGUAUAUUAUCAUCUAUGUAUUUUAUUUAAAAUAUAGACAUUCAGUAAUACCUCUGCUAUUUGUUUCCAACACUUCAACACACUUUUAUACAGCAAGUAUAAAUAAGGUGUCAUUGUGUGCACAAAAUAAAUGCAUCACCCUUUUGGUUGGCGGUUAUCAGUAUCUGCUGCAACCAAUGAUGAACUUCUUAACUGCAGUAAAUACUCAUUCUUCUUUUGGCGUGCAGCUUACAGUGAGUGUAAAGACAGCCAAGCUAGCGUGGCUCAGUCCAAAGUUUAAGAAAUCCUUGUAGCAGCAGCCAAAAUGUCACAAGUUAAAUAUAAUUUAUCUGUUCAGUACAAGUGUGUUACAAAAUUAUCAUUAGUUCUUACUGUGUGUCUAUAACCCUGUCAACAGAUUUGGAAUAUUUUCCAUAUUUUCAUGUCGGUUAAACAAACAAGAUAGCCAACGACAUUUAAAUCUACAGAAAGGGAUUACCAAGGGUGCUUGCAGCUUGUGCUUGUAACUUUGGGACAGAGCCAGGGUAGUUGUUUUCUUCAUUCAGUCUUAACUCACGUUUUAGCAAGGCUAUGAGGGACAUCAUCUUGUGGUAGCUUCACAUUUAAAGAUCCAGGGGAUCUGUUAGAGUUACCAGCAGAGAUGGCUUAUAUAUUUAUAGGGAUGCUAUUAUUAUGAUUAUAUAAUUAAAUAUUACAAAUGAUCACUGAGUUUACAUAAGCUCACUAUAUCUACAGAGUCCACAGAGUCUGCUACUUUGCAUGUAUGUGGGCCUUGACAUUGAACUAGAUUUACUAUGAAUUAUACAGGCUUAGAAGAGGAGAGUGAGGAAAAUGGUUAUCAGCAGGUUGCAAACUAAAAUCCUACCACUAGAUGCCCCUGAAAUUCUUUACUGCUCCUCCAAAAAAAGAUAUGAGAUUUUUAUUAACCUUCUUAUUUGAGGCUUAACUUCAGAGUAAAAUUAUGAGGGCCCCUCUAAAGACAGGGAUAAUAUCUACUUUGGUUUUGAAAGAAAAAAAAAAAGUCAUUGGUCAGUUCACGUACAGUUUAUGUAAGCCCGUUAGCUUAGCUCAAGUAGUGUCAUGUCAAGCAUUGCUGUCUUAGAGCGCUACUGCUGGAUAAAUCAACAGAUGAGUAACUUCACUGUAAUAGAAUGUGGCUACUAUUAGCACAAUGACACAGCUGUGGAUGUCAGACAUGGUUGCUUGGGAACUGUCAGCUAACUGCGAAGUAUUGACACAGAUAUCCAGAGUCAGAAAAACAAUGUAAUAGUUGUACAAGUGCUGAGCUUGUUGGAAAUUCUUGAAAUGUCUUCUGUUUCCAAUAGCUCUGGUGUAGCAAAUUGAGCCUUAAUGUGUGAAAUUCAAACUUGCCAGGUAGAUAAAGGCAUGCUAGGUGAUGUUUACCCUUAACUUAACAGUCACCAUUACAUUGAUAUCUGGAUUUACCAGACUUUUCUGAUGACUUGUUUCAGUUUCUCUGCCAUCUUUGUAUUUCUUCUUAUGGAGUAAUAAAUGACUCUUCUGUAGCUCUGUUUGAGUGACUUUGUCCUUUGAUUGAUUGGUCAUUUCUUUCCCUAAUGGGGUGAGUUCACAAGCCUUGUGUCAAUGGAAAUGACUGUAGGAAAAUCUUCAGGCAUUUAAGCCUUUUUUUUUUUUUUAAAACACAUUGUUAUGCAGUGUUUGUCCAAAAUGCAUAAGCAGGUGGUACUUAAGUUAACAUUUACUUAAUGAAAGUUAAACUUAUGUAUUUCUUUUGCUUCUGUAAAAAUAAUUCUGUAAACAUCAUGUUUUUUAAACUAUCUGAAAACCCACUGCACAUCAGUAAACUAUAAUAAUAAUAAUGCCCAUAGCCUUUUGUAUUAGCAUGGCAGAAAGAGAUUGUAAGUAAGUGAAAUUUGUAAAAUUGAGUGAUAAACUGGGUUUUUUAAUGGCAUAUCUUGACUAAAUUUUAUGAAAAACGAUACAAUUAUAAUAAUAUAAGUGUUUGUUAAAGGGAUAUUCUGGCAUGAAAUUAAGUUAGGGUCAAACACACCAUAACACCGAGUUAGACACCCCCUUGAGAGAUGAAUGUUGCUGACAGCUUGCUUCUCUAGUUAUACCAACUUAAGUAAUGACCACAGUUAGCAAUACACAGCAGUCUAACAUUUAUGAUCAUUACUUCACUUCCUUGAAGUAUUAAUCAUCAUAUUAAUCAUUUUGCACUGCAGACGCAGCAGUUCUUCUGCCUUAGCAUCUAGGUCUGAUUGCAUUUCCAUGAAGAAAUUAUCAUAAAUAUUCUUCCUUGAGCUGCGUCACCCUGUUGCAGUCCACUGACUGCAGCAGGGUGGGUCUCCAUACAAACAAGCCAGGUGGGUCACCCGGAGGUCUCCAUACAAACAAGCGGCUGCUGGAAGAGAGUGGGUGAGUCUCUUUGCUAAAGAAAUCAGGCAAAGCUAAAAAGGUGUUUGGUGGCUAGUACUAUGGCUGGGACCCUAUAUGUACUGUUGAUGAAGUUAGGUGCUGUUCUGAGCAUCAUUUGUGGCUAUAGAGUGGCUUUUUGGUUGAGGUUUAUGCGUGGGUCCUUAGACCACUGUGUAUCGCUAUUGUACGGUCAUUACUAAAGUUGAUAUAACUAAAGAAGCAAGCAGUCGGCAACAUUCAUCUCUCGUGGGCGUGUCUAACUCGGUGUUACGGUGUUUGACCCUAGCUUAAUUUUACACCGGAAUAUCCCUUUAUAGGAAAUGUACUAUGUUGAUCACUUUCUCUAGUUUUCACUGAAGGCACUUUUGCAUUACAUCACACUCACUCAUUUACACACUGAUGGCAGAGGCUGCUAUGUAAAGAGGCCAUCAGUGUUUGACUAAUCCCAUUCACACAGCCAGUGAGAGCAGGUGGGGUCAAGUGUCUUGCCCAAGGACAAGGUGUUAUUAAGUGAUGAUCCAUGUUCUCUACCUUCUUCAGUGUGCAUCUCUCCAUCACAUCCUCCAGUGAGUCCACCAGAUUCCAAUCAAAUGAAACUUGAAGCCAAAGAGAGCUUUAGCAUCUCUGUCUAACAUUAUGAAAGUGAAGCCAGGUAGAUACACACCGAGAAGUUUUGAUUCAACCAGCUUUCAGUAAAAGAUAGGAGAUUUCACCCAUGGUAUGCUUUCUCAGUCUUCACUAAUAUCUCAGCUGCCAGGCUUUUAUUAUGCCUGUUUUACUCUUGCACCAGUUGAAGGGUAAUGCCUGUUUUAGCAUUUUUACAUUGGCUGCCAAUACGUUUUAGGAUUGAUGUCAAGAUUUUAUCAACUACUUCUAAAACUCUUAAUGGUCUUUGCCAAAGUUAUAUCACCAAUCUUUAAAUUCUCUACAAUCCAGUGUGCACUUAAAAAUCCUCCAGUAAAGGCUCGCUUGCUGUGGCAGACACUUGGUUGAAAACAAAGGGGAACAGAGUGUUUUCAGUCCAGGCUACUAAACUUUGGAAAGAUCUGCCAAAGAAAUAAAGUUGGCUGAUUCAGUGCACUCAUUUAAGUCUGAAGACUUACUUUUAUAGGAGAGCCUUUCCUGAGUUGAAAUGUCUUUUACAGUGAACUGAUUUUAUGUUUCAAAUAUGGUUUUGGUUUUAUGAUCCAAGUUGGUUGAUCCCUUCAUAAAUUUGUUAAGUUAGCAUUUUUUUCCCUGCCCCGUAAAGUACUUUGUAAUUGAGAUCUUAAAAAGUACUCAAUAAAUAAAGAUUAUUAGUAUUGUAAUAUAAAGCCCUGGAAAAUUCAUUUUUUUUGUGUAAGCAAGAUUUUCUGUAAUAAGACCAUUUCAGUAAUUCUAUCUUGAAAAGCAAUGAUGACUGGAAUUCAUUACAGCUUUUUCCCACACUGUGUAAAUUUAGACUAUGGUGUCUACCUAAUUUAAAGUGCCAGGCAUUUGUGAAAUACUUUAAAAUAAACUUUCACCAAGGCUGCAUGCUUUGGUAUUUCACUGGUUGUAUGAUCCAGCUGUUGUACAUGCUCAUCACCUCAAAAUGAAACAGAAUGCAAUUUUGGUUGUUAUAGACUUUUGACUGUGCCCUUCCUUGGAACUGAAAAAAAAAAAAGUAUGCUCAUCCAAACCAGAAGAGAUCAUGAUAUAGGAUGGAGCAGGCAGUAGAGCAAAAUUGCAUACUAGUUUUACUUUAUCUGCAGUUCUUGUGCACAUUUUCUUUACACAUUUUCUGUACACAUUUGUUUAUCAGGUUUGGAUGUGUUAUUAAAAGAAUGACUCAAAAAUUCUCCUGAUAAAAACCAAAUGCUUGGGUGUUUAGUUGUUGGUGGAUGCUUUUAUUAUUCAUAUUCAUGCACUAAUGUAGAUCAAAGAUGUUUCAAAAAUAAUCUUGGUUUCAUUCCCCUGGUUUCCUUUGCACAAUGUUCUCUCUGUGUUUGAGUACUUCUUGAGCUGGUGGGGCGAUGGGGAGGGUAAAGACUUGUUUGUGCAUUGCUCAAAUAAAAAAAAAUAAAACAGACCCGAAUAAUGACUUUGAAAAAUUAUUUAUGUGAGCAGGGUAAACCUUGUAUUAGACCAUGUUUUUUCCUGUGCCCCUCGAACAUCUAGAAGUGAAGGACAACCCGGAUACUGAAAGAUGAUAAAAGAAUCAAGUUUAACAUCAUACAGACUAUAAAUACACAUACAUUUUACAAUAGUAUAUAAAUAAUAUGGUUGUCAGUUUUAGCUGGUGCCAUAUUUGAAGACAUGUCCCUCACUGCACAAAGUAUUUUAAAAUCCUGCCUCAGAUCUGAACACAUCUAGACUUCGUCCUCAACAGAGGGCAGCAGUGAUGCAGAGGGAGCACGACAGACAGAAUCCAGAGGGACACCGAGUCUGUACACACAUUUACAUAACAAACAACUUCAAAAAUGUAACUCAGGCGAGAGCUUACCAUUUCCCAGCAUGCAUUAGAUUAAAACCAUCAGUGAUGUUCUCAAAGGGCAGAGUGUGAGUCACAAACUCAUCAACUUUGAGCUUCUUGUUCAUGUAAUCCUCCACAAGUUUGGGAACACUUUGGACACUCUUGUAGCCUGUAGGAAAAAUAUAAAUGAGUCAUUGAAGAGAGGGAUGUAAAGUGCUGUCCAGGUGAUCAAAGCUGUUUGUCAGUGUAAAAUCAGACCUUAAUUUGAGAAAGACUGUUAUUUUUUUAAAGGAAAAACUUUAUAUUGAAAAAGCAAAACUCGAAUGAGAUCUAGUUUCUGAAAGUUAAGCCCACAAUGCAAAGGUGAACCAGAGGAAUGCUAGGUAGAUUCAGUCUAAAGUAACAAAACAUUGAUGUUAGGAGUGUGUCUGUGUUUUAUGGUAGAAGAACUCUUUUCUCUGUAUUAUUUUUCUUUUUUUUUGGCUUGUGACGGUAAGCAUCCAAAACUAAUUCAGCUAUAAUUCUUUUGUCCUUUAAACAAAACAAAAAAAAACAUAAAAUCACAAUGGAACAUGCCAAAAAUCUACAACAAUGCGUACAGCUUUGUUAGGUUGUUCCUUGGCAGAUGCAGCGUUUAACUUUUAAACCCUCCUAGUUAUAAAUGUAAGAAAUCUCUUGUUGGCCAGCAACUGCCAAACAAAGCACAAGAGAUGCUUACUUCACAAAUAUCAUGAGUUAAGAGUCAUUUCCUGAGGACAAAAACAGAUGUCUUAACAGAUUCUUAUCAUAAUUCCAUCAAAACUCAAGAGUCUCGACUUCAGUGGCAUACAAAAUGUCAUUUUCAUUCUGAAGCCACCACUCCAACAUAACUGUGCCCUGGUCAUGAGCACUCAACCUACCUUCAGAGUUCGAGCUCUUAGCAGGCCACUUCAGCACUCAAAGACUCAGAGCAACAAAAAGGCAGCCAUGGCAUAUGCACAGCUUUGCAACAAUGCUGUACUUCCAUAAAUGCAUUACAUCUUGUGUCAUACAUCUUAAAUUUUUUUGUUUUACAUUUUUGACAUAAAAUAUUCUCAAUAAAUGAUGCACUGGACCGUCAAAAAUCAGCAGGAAGAGAUUUUUUUGUCAGUAGACUGUACGAUAAGCAGAUAAGCAGAAACUGCUUUAUCUACAGGAGUUGCCAAAAUUAGCACUUAAUGGAAGUUCUUCGGAGAAGCUUUAGGAUGUGGAAGUUCUUCAUAAUACUUUGUCUCUGUCAGUGAUGACACAAAAUGUUAAUGAGGAAAGAAAUUUCCUGCUGCUGAGCUUUGUUCUAUUUUAUCUUGAACGGUGAAAGAUCAGAUUAGAGAGUAUUUUUAGCCAUAGUUGUUAGCUAUGAUGCUCACUGAAUAAUAUUCAUUGUAAAUUACCUGUCAAACUAGUUUGAACAUCAGCAUUUUAAAUAACUGGCUUACCUCCAAAUGCACUGCCUUUCCAGGUGCGGCCAGUCACCAGCUGGAAGGGUUUGGUCGAUAUCUCUUGUCCGGCUGCUGCCACUCCAAUGAUGAUGCUGGUGCCCCAUCCCUUAUGGCAGGCCUCCAGAGCUGCCCUCUGCCACCAAAACACUCUGUAAGAACUCUCUACCACAGCAUUUGGGAACUACCACAACCUAACCCAUACAUAUGUCAACACUGGUUAAUUGGGUUUAGCCUAUCGUAAGAGUAGCCUUUUCAUAGAAACUCAUGCUGUCUCUACUGAUGCUUAAAGAGUUUUCCAGCCUGUCAAGAAUUACAUUUAGCAUAGUCACAUUAUUUAUGUGAUUUAUGAACAGAAUUAAUUAUAAUUUCAAGCUGUACUGCUACUCUUUUUAAAGCUCUGUUUAUCAUCCACUGACAGACUAUCACAUUUCAUCUUGUCAUUAAGCAGACAGAGUGUUCAUUUAAUAUGUGAGAUGGACAGCAUCUCACAAGACUAUAAAUGUCAUGUAAAUUUCAUGAAGUCAUAAUUACCAUGACUGCUACAUUGCCCACACAUUCAAAUGAAUAGUCCACUCCUCCAUCUGUCAUCUCCACCAGGGCCUCUUGUAUUGGCUUGCUGUGGUCCUUGGGGUUCACCACAUCUGUGGCACCAAACUCUUGCGCUAUUUUGAACUUGUCUGGGUUGAGAUCAACUCCAAUAAUCCUGGAGGCUCCAGCUGCUUUACAGCCCAUGAUUGCUGCAAGACCCAGAGCCCCGAGGCCAAACACAGCACAGGUUGAGCCGACCUCCACCUGCAGAGUGGAAGACAGUAGAGACAGGUACAUGUUCUUCUUACUGCAGCUAUUCAUCAUUGCGAGGGAAAAACAAGAGUGAAAACAACAAAAGAAUAGAAGUUUUGCCUUGUAUUAAUACACACUUUGCCAUUCUUGCUUCUUUUUUCUUGUUAACGUGAUCACUGUAGGUUUAUUAAUUAAAAUGGGCUCAUUAAAUCCAUGCUAAAAAAAAGAAAUCAUUGUCACAAAGGCAUGACAAUGCCCUUUGUCAUAUGCUUGAGUCAUGAUAACUAAAUCAAUCUAACAAUGUAAUAUACAAAUAUGAAUUGUUAUCAUCUUUGUUAAUCUUACUAUCAUCUAUGCUAGGAUUUCAACAUUUUUCAAACAUUCAAUAGAAGCACAGUUGCUGUUGGAGUAUCAUUAUUUAUGUAGACACAAGAUAAUAGAACGAAAUGCUGGAACAACUUGAAAGGUUAACCAAUCAUAAGCGUCAUUAAGAUCAUUUGCAGUCAUUUGAAAAGUCCAUUUGAAAAGUCCAUUAGAACAUUUUAAAGCAAAAAUUAGGCUUAGGUCAUCCCAGAAGUUAGUGUGCUUCAUCCUCUGCUCUGGGUGCCAUGUUUAUUUGCUAAAAUAUCAGUGAUGGAGUAUUAAAUAGUUGACUGGCCAAAAGUGCCAACCCUUUGAGUUGCUUUUGGAUGGUCAAUUUAUAAUCUUACACAUGGUCAGAGCCUAAAAGCUUUUGGUAAAAAAUAUGGAACAAGUAAAGGGACAUGAGGUUGCAAUUACCAAGAUAAGAUCUGUUUGCCCCUCAUUCAAAAAAUCCAGCCUGAAUUGAUCAAUGAUUUUUUCUUCCGCUUCACUUACACCUCACAAUCAUAUCCUCUUGCUCAGGGCUAAUUCAUGGAUUGAUGCAACUACAAUAACAGUAAGCGGGCUUUCUUCUUCUUCCAUCAACAUUUCCUCUGCUGAGGGAAUGGUGAAUGAUGAUAGAAAAUGAUAAAUGAUUGGCUGAAAAUAGCACAGUAACAUCUGGGGAGGAAGCUGACUCACCUUGGCUGUGUUCAAAGCGGCUCCAUAUCCAGUGGUAAUGCCACAGCCCAGCAGACAUACCUUGUCUAAAGGGGCUGUAUGGUCCACUUUGGCCAGGGAGAUGUCAGCCACUACUGUGUACUCAGAGAAAGUGCUACACCCCAUGAAGUGGUAAAGGCUCUUGCCUUUGCAGGAGAAACGGGUUGUCCCAUCUGGCAUCAAUCCUUUGCCCUGAGUGAGCCUGAAGAACAGGAUGCAUUCUCAAGUCAGUCUUGUUCUGAGAUUAAUGAGCCUCAAAGGAUAACUUCUGUUUUUAGAAGCUGGUCUGCAUAGUUUUAGAAUGCUCAAAUCAUUAUUAUCUACCUGAUCUUUUGACACAAGUUGGUCUUGGGAUUCUUGCAGAACUUGCACUCUCCACACUGUGGAAUAUACAGUGGUAUGACCGUGUCUCCUAAAACACAAACAGUAUUUUAUGUUUGAACAGUCACAGUCUGGUCAGUCCUGUCAGUAGAACAGAAGAGAGAGAGAACCUGGCUGAAACUUGGUGACUCCCUCUCCAACACUCUCGACGAUGCCAGCUCCUUCAUGGCCCAGCACAACAGGAAAAACUCCUUCAGGAUCAGAGCCACUAAGUGUAUAGGAGUCAGUGUGACAAAUCCCUGUGGCCACAAUCUAAAAUAAAGGACAUUUGAAGAGUUAUCCACUGUAGUCUAUAGGAAUGAGUCAGUUCAUGGAUCUUAAGUCAAAGGUACUUAAAGGCAUGGUUGACAAUGGGAGAUAUUGGUAAUUAUUAUGAACCUCGUUUAUAUGGUGAUAAUGGUCCUAUAGUGCGAUCUCCACAAAGAGAAGAGAAGAAAGAAUGGAAAAAAUCAGUUCACCAUAGCAGGUGCAGGGCUGCAAAUACAUUGACCGAUGGGAGCCAUCUGUCCCAGACAGCUCCUAUUGGUAAAUCUCCUGCUCCGCCUCUCCAUCCAAUUACCUCGCUGUAUUCGACACACCCCUCUCUCGUAGUUCUGACUCAUCCCCUCCCACUCUACUUGCCCCCUCCGAGCUCUGAGUGGCUAAAUGCAGUGUAGCAGCUUAGCUUCAGGAGCUGUGAUAAAGAAGGAUGGGAAAAACAUGACUUCUGCGUGCCCCACCGCCAGAAGUGAUAAGAAAACGUAAGCCGACAGAACAAAGAGCAGAGUCAAAGAGGAAAUGUGACCAAGUGAGGAAUCUAACUCGAAAAAACAUUGGGUCAUCCUUCAAGCGGUGGAGAAAGAUCCGCCAGGUUUUGGGCCUGAAAACAGAUGCCGAGACAGCAGAAUUUUUGUUGAACAGGUAAUUUUUGCUACUUAUCGUGGCACAUUUUACAUAAAUAACUCUUAUUAGUCUCUGCAAUGUCAACACGGUAGCUGUCCAGGCAGCUGCAGAUGGUGCGCGCUAGCAGAGCUGGCAUUCAAUGCUGCUAGUCACUAGCAUUCUGACAUGGUGAAUCCUUUUUGAAGCUAGCGUAGGAUCAUCUGCCAGCCAGUUACUUGCUCUUCUUGUCUGUCAGAGGGGGUGUCGUGGGGAGGGCGGGGGGGUAUCAUGGAGCACAGAGGGGAGGAGAGGUUCGUGUGUGGGGGGGUGGGACGCUUUUUUUCAAAUCUGCUUCUCCAGUCAUCACCUAUGCAUUUAAAUAUUCUAAUAAAUAAGCAAAAUAACAGAUUUCCAAGAAAUGUUGGGUGUAAAGAUUGUCUCAAAGGUCUGGAAUAUUUUUUUAUGGCAGAAAUUUUGUGAAAGUGGGUGUAAUUGAUUCCUCACCUUGAGGCGGACCUCUUGUCCUUUAGGAGGUGCCACUUCCACCUCCUCAAUUGCAAGAGGUUCCCCAGCCUUCCAUGCAACGGCAGCUUUGCAUCGGAUCACCUUCAACACAACACCAAAUAGCUUCAGCAGACCUGGUUUUACUAAUGUCAACCCACUGGAUGUUUUGACCAAUUCAGCCAAAAGUGAAGGCAACUUUGACUAUACAAAUGCAAGAAAAAAUAAAUCACACCUUUUAAUGUGGCCUGCAAACACAUUAAUCAUUGUCACAUUCAGUUUUCCCAGAAGGCUCAAAGAACAGAACCAUAAAUCUGUCAUCGUGACAAACUUUGACCGCUUUCUAAUCUUGUGCAGACAGUUUAUGUUAUCCUCAAGAAGUACCAACAUUUGAAGUCCUCAAAGAAACACAAAUGUUUACUCCAAGUUCUUUCAUAAAUCCAUUGUGGAUUGUGAAACUGUAAGCAAAGGCCAAACCGAUUGUUAAACCAGUCACUGCAUGUUCAAACCCCACCUUGUUUCUUUCUUUAGUUCUGUUACAUUCCCUCCAGGCGGAAAACACAAAAGUCAAUCCAAUUUCAAUUACUACACAACCACAGUACAUCAUUUUGAUACAUCAGCAUCUGAGGCAUGCUUACCUUUCCAGCUGUCUCCAUGUUGUUUCUCAGCAGAACUGCCACUUACAAGGCUAGCUAACAGUGUGGGUUCUCUAGAGAAUCACACACAAAGUAGGGACCUCCCCCUCGUCGCUGUUGGCCUAUCCAACACACUUUCAUCAAAGCUUCCUUUUCCUCCUCCUUUAUAUGAAAGAGAGAAAACAGCUACAGAGGGUAAUGAAAAGCAUGAUAGGCUACUAUGGACACAGUCUUAGGAGACAUUCAACAGCUUGUUUCCAUUUCACGGAAGUGUUUUGUAAAAGCAACAGACAAUAUACAUUAAGGAUUAAGGAUCAGGAAAAAUAAUUUUUGAUAGUACUUUUUUUUCACAUUGAAUGCAGUUCAUGUGUCUUAUUGAUAAAUCAAAUUUCUGUUCUGUAGCUGGUAGGUGUGCAGUACAUUAGGAGAUAGCAUGGAAACAAGCAGAGGAAGGCUGAUAAAAGUCACAAAAGUUGGAUCCAAAUUUUCCAUACGCAACAAGUGGCUAGUUUUCUGCUGAAACUAACACAAGCAAUAAACACAGGAUGUUGUAUCCACCUUAGUAGAUAAGCUAUCUCAAGCUUUAAUUUCUGGGCCAUAAAUAGUCUCAAUAGCUUGUACCACCCUUUAUUAUACAUAGUUCCCAAUUUUAUAAUAUUUACUUAGCCUGCCUGUUGUUUAAAUGCAAUAUCCUGUCUUUUACUAUGUAAAGUGUCCUCAAAAAUAGACAGAUUAUUACCCCUAGAGAAACCCUUGAACCAAUCCUUGCAGAAUAAUCACAAGGCUCUUUGCCAAGCUAGAUGAACUGUCAUUUAAUCCGGCUUUAAAAAAUGAAGCUAGACAAUUGAUAAGAUCCUUACAAAUGGUUUAAUAAGGUGUUGACAGAGACAACAGACGUGGUAGACAUGUUUAUGCAGGACUAGUUUCAUACAGCAGAGUACAAAGCAGUCAACAAACAACAAAGCCACAGAUCCCCUCCCUCUGGAGUAUUUAUUUUGCCCUGUAAACACAUUUACAUGUUUAUCCUUUGCCUAAUAUCAGCACAGCAGAUGUUUCUCACAUGGUUUUCACAUAAUUGUAAAGCGCUUUGAGGGUCUCUGAUAAAGCGCUAUAUGAAAUCUGAUGCAUUAUUAUUUUUAUAAUUUACUAAAAGUGGGGAAUUUGGGGCAAAUUUUGAUGGAUUACUUUUCUAUAGCAGUAGAGAGAAAAAUAUAAAUCUCAGAUUUUGGAUGAGGAAGUGAUCAUAACUGUUCUGUUUGUGGUCUCCUAUUCUGUAGAAAUGUUGAGGACUGUCCGGAUGCUGUGAACCAAAAGAAAAAAGAAAAAAACAUAUAUUAGCAGACUCAAUUUAGCUUUGAUAGAGUUCAGCUCUGGUUGUUAAUGAAGUGUGAGAAAGACUACAAACUUACCAUUUGCCAUUUUUCAUCAUUUCAAUGGCAUCGUUGAUUUGUUCCAAAGGCAAGUUGUGAGUGAUAAACUCAUCAAGCUUCAGCUUUUUGUCCAUGUAGGCUUUAACCAUUGAGGGAACAUCAUCCCGUCCUUUAAAGCCUGAGUAUAAAAUACAACAAAUGUCAAAAUAAUUACAUACAUACUUAAUAAACUGGAAAAUACAGAAUAUUAGACGACAGCCUGAUGUGUUUAAGAGAUGUAUUCAUCUUUAAUGAUGGUCAUAGCUGUGUUACCUCCAAACACAGAACCCUUCCAAGUGCGUCCACUUAUCAUCUGAAUUGGUCGAGCAGAAACAUCUUCCAGGUUUGUCCAUCCAACGAUCACACUGACACCCCAACCCUGAAUACAAGACUCCAAAGCACUGCGCUGGAUGGAGAGACAAUUUUUUUUUUUUGGCACAGUUUAAAGUGUGAACAUAAAUAGUCCAAAUAAAAACACAACUAUGUACCGUUUCAACUCUAAUUGGUUGUUGAUGUCUACAAGAUUAUAAGUGUCAAGUUAAUUUCUAUUGUUUUGCUGUAAAGUAAUGGAUACAGUAUGGUUGAGAGGGUUGUUAUGGCAUUUUACAUGAUUGCUGUCUGAAGCACUUAAUUCCAAUUGGUCACUACACGGGUAUUUUUUACAGGAAGCCAUGGCCUGCUAUUCCUCAUUAGCAGACCACUGCUAUAUUGUGGCACUGAUUGAUGCAGUUCUGUCCUUGUCUCAUCAGACAAAUUCACACUAAAUAGAAGAUAGUGUAGUCAGCUGCAGUAGUUAGAUACUGCACUAGUUCAGACAGUUACUUUCACCUUGUCUCACCUUACCAUCAGUGGAAAUACUAAUUUUGAUGUGAAGAAUCACUGCUUAGUUAACCCACUUAAAGAAGGCUACAGACUUAGCUAUUACAUUGAUUACAGUGCAGACUAAGUAAUAAGGACUAUUUUCAAUAAAUCAAAUAUAAUCAUCUUUAAAUCAGUAAAAUAAUUUCAAGGGUGGUACUUUGAGUAUGAUUUCUGAUUUCUUGAAUAAGUAGCCAUGUAAUGAUUCAUGUAAUGUACAGUAAGCUGGUUGUUGCAGUAGAGUAAUCCCCUCACGGUGAGACAAGCAGCUUACAUUUUAUGCAAGGGGUCCUUCUGGUCCAAUUUGGUGUCACUGUUGAUUAGCCCUUACAUGAAACUGAGAGGGAACAGAAUCCCAGUGAAAAACAGAGAGGUCCUGUCUCAUCUACCAACCUGCUUGUGAUGCAGAAUACACAACGAUUUACCUAAGAAUUCAAUCAUUUGGCAAAAAACAUAAAUUUGGAACUAGUAUGAGUAUAAGUAUGCGUCUUCUGAAACCCACACCCUUAUUCCUAGAAAUAGUCUUUUCAACUCACAGUAAGAGCUGCAACCUUAGUGAUGGUAAAGUGCCUGAUCAAAAUAAUAUAACUGCCUUUUUUCUUACAGGAUCAUUUUUACUGGUGGUGAGGUGAGACAUGGUGAAAACAAGUGCAUUACCCAGCUGAGGUGUUCUGUCUUGUGUGUCGAAGUGUUUUGUUUUGGUUUUUUUUUCAUUUUCCACCAGUCUAGUGUUAUUAUGAUGUAAGAAAAUACUACAGCCAUGAAAUCAAUACUUUUAUUGUAGUUUUAUUACUGAACUGUCAUGAUCAGGGUUAGGGUUAGUCUGUUUAGAAAGUCUGUUUAUACCAACACACUACAUAUUUUUUCUUGUUCUGUGCAGUGCUGCUCAAAAUUCUAACUUUCUUUUUCUUUUUUGCCUUGACAUCACGUGCAAUUUAAAAUUUCCUUUUGCAUUAAAAAAAGGGAACAUGAAAAGAAGAAACUAAUUUCUUAGUAGUUGCCACGGUAAUCCACAAUUGCAUUAAGCUAGCUAGCAAAUAAAUGAAAGUCUGCAAGUACUGACAUUCAACGUCUGUAAAGCAUGAAAGAUAAUACUGUUUGUAAGUUGAAGUAUGAAAUUUGGAACAUUUUUGAGGGAUAUGCAUAUUCACUACCGAGAUCUGAGAAAAACUGUGAAUGAAAGCUCUUCCUACCAUGACUGCCACACUCCCGGCACAUUCCAAGGAAAAAUCUACUCCUCCAUCCGUCAUCUCAGACAGCACUUCGCUGAUGGGCUUGUUGUGAUCCUUUGGAUUCACGAAGUCUGUCGCUCCAAACACCUUGGCCUUUUCAAACUUAUCUGGAUUGAUGUCAACGGCAAUAAUCCUCUUGGCUCCUGCAGCAUGGCAGCCCAUGACAGCAGCCAAACCCACAGCUCCCAGUCCAAACACAGCACAUGUGGAGCCUGGUUCAACCUAAAAUAAAACAGAUUUUGGUCAUCAUUGUAUUUGAUGUUUACACAGACAAAAAUAAGUGGAAAUAUUUUCUUUUAUAUGAGCAAUCAUUUUUCUCAAUCAAGUGUUUUUUCUUGUGUCAUAAAAGUUGCCAAAUCAAUGCACUUCUUACUGAAGUCCACUGUUUCUGUCAAAUAAUAUGCAGGUAAGCUGCAACAGUUUAACAUUUAUACCUUGGCAGUAUUAACUGCUGCGCCGUAUCCUGUGCAGAUUCCACAGCCAAUGAGACAGACUUUGUCCAGAGGAGCAUCUGGGUCGAUUUUUGCCACAGCCAGUUCAUUUACCACAGUGUAUUCAGCGAAGGUACUGGUUCCUGUAAACUGAUUCAAUCUCUUCCCCUUGCAGGUAAAUGAGGACUUUGGCGGUGCCAUUGCUGCAUUACCAGUGCUAGCCCUGAGGAGAAAAUACAAUUAGAAAAAUAUGAAUUAGUAUUUUUUUGUCCUGAAUUUGCAGAAGAUACCAAUGUAAAACAAAGACAAACAAACAAACAAACAAACAAACAAAAAAAAAACAGACAGUGGGAGGUGGGCUCUUCUCACACUUACCAAGCAGCCACACACUGGUUGGUCUUUGGGCUCUUACAGAAGCGACAUUCUCUGCACUGGCGAAUAAACAGAGGAAUGACCUUGUCACCUGAAAAUCAGAAAUGGUUCUGAUGUGACUCCAACAUCAUACAAACAUUCAUUAUGUAGUUUUCCAAAGUAAACUUACUGUUUCAACGUUGUGUUUGUAUCUUUUAUAUAGGGCUAUUUUCUAAGUGUUCCAAAUGACCAAAGAUUAUUUGAUAUUUUAGGACAGCAUGUAGUAUUCAAAUACCAUUAAAGUGAGGUGGUACACCAGUAUAUUUGUAUUACCUGAUUAAAAAGGGGGGGUACAUUUACCAUCUCAUUACAUCUCAUUUUUAUUCAUUCUGUUGUCUUCAAGUCAUUUAACUAUAGCUGUUAUUUUCAUCUUUUCAAUCAAUCAUCAUUUAUCAGUGUUAUUCCCUUCACCAUUAUUACCAUAAUCAGUAUUACUACUCAUUAUUAACCUAUUGUUUCAUUAUUUAUUCCCAACAAAUACAAAAAAAUUGAGAAUUUUAUUUGCGAUCCCUGACAUAGGACUCACUAACUUUAAUAAAAAGACUUUUAACUAUUCCAUUUCUUCUCUAGAUGGAGGUGGUACCCCAAAGUUGCAUAUGUGUUUAAGUUGUGAAAUAUUAAUUUGAUAUUCAAUUAACUUUGAACCCAACAUAGUUUAUGUCAAGAUUUGCUUUAGGUUGUUAAUAUGAACUGAGAAACAGUUUUGAUAUGCAAAAUAAUGGAAUUUUCAACAUGCAUUUCAAAAUAGAUGGUUUACAAACUUACAAAUGUGUUUACUCAUAUUUUUGUAUAUGCCAACCUGGUUUUAUUUCAGUGACUCCAGGUCCAAUACUCUCUACAAUCCCUGCUGCUUCAUGACCAAGGACUGUUGGAAAGCCUGCUGCACCUGUAUCCUCAAAGAGCCGAUAUAAGUCUGUAUGGCAUACUGCAGUCGCCACAAUCUGCACCAAAGACAAAAAUCAAAGAGUUGAAACAAAAAUCUAGUUUAAG